UCUGCUUAUUGUGGCGUUGCCUUCCUCCGCGCUGCCUCUGGAGUUAGCUAGGACCUGGAGGAAAGGUUGUCGUGACAGCCCGGCUGGGCGUUCUCGUAAACUUUUCCGAGUUUUGGUUGUGCCUGAAAAACAUACACAGUGUUUUAUCUGUGUUUUCGAUCCAUGGGAGUGCUCUGGGAGUGGCGAAGGGAGAAGACAGUGCUGGUGGUCCUGACUGUGCAGCAGGAUGAGUGAGUCAGAGGGCCAGUUCUACAGUGUUCAGGUGGGAGACUCCACCUUCACUGUACUCAAGCGCUACCAGCAGCUCCGCGCCAUCGGCUCCGGGGCCCAGGGCAUUGUCUGCUCUGCUCUGGACGCGGUCCUCGGUAUCCCGGUAGCAGUGAAAAAGCUGUGUCGACCCUUCCAGAACCAGACCCAUGCUAAACGUGCCUACAGGGAGCUGGUACUGCUCAAAUGUGUUAACCACAAAAAUAUCAUCCGUCUGAUCAAUGUGUUCACGCCUCAGAAGUCCCUGGAGGAAUUCCAGGAUCUGUACCUGGUGAUGGAGCUGAUGGAUGCCAGCCUGUGCCAGGUGAUCCACAUGGACCUGGAUCACGAGAGGAUGUCGUACCUCCUUUAUCAGAUCCUCUGUGGCAUCAGACACCUACACUCUGCUGGCAUCAUCCACAGGGAUCUGAAGCCCAGUAACAUUGUGGUGAAGUCAGAUUGCACUCUGAAGAUCUUGGACUUUGGCCUGGCUAGGACGGCCUGCACUAACUUCAUGAUGACCCCCUACGUGGUGACCAGAUACUACCGUGCCCCAGAGGUCAUACUGGGCAUGAAGUAUAAAGAGAAUGUGGACCUGUGGUCGGUUGGCUGCAUAAUGGCUGAAAUGAUCUCUCACAAAAUCCUCUUUCCUGGAAAGGACUACAUCGACCAGUGGAAUAAGGUGAUUGAGGUUCUGGGCACGCCCAGUCUGGAAUUCAUGAACCGCCUGAUGGAGACUGUGAGGAACUAUGUGAUGAACAAGCCACAGUAUCCGGGUGUCAGCUUCGCUGAGCUUUUCCCAGACUGGGCCUUUCCUUCUGACUCAGAACAUGACAAACUGAAGACUAGCCAAGCACGGGACUUACUGUCCAAAAUGUUGGUCAUUGAUCCUGAAUGCCGCAUCUCCGUAGAAGAAGCCCUCAAUCACCCCUACAUUCACGUGUGGUACGACCCUGCAGAGGCUGAUGCGCCUCCUCCCCAGAUUUCAGAUAAGCAGCUAGAAGAGAGAGAGCACACCAUCGAGCAGUGGAAAGAACUCAUUUAUGAGGAGGUGAUUGACUGGGAAGAGAGGAACAAGAAUGGGCUGAUGAAAGAAGAUUGCUCAGAUGUGGUGUCAGGAUCGGCCUCCCAGUCCUCCUCAGCCAACGACAUCUCCUCCAUGUCCACAGAGCACACCUUGGCCUCGGACACAGACAGCAGCAGCAUCGACACACUGACGGGACCGCUGGACGAGAGUCAGUGAACACAGUCCAUGGCUACAUGAAUCUGCUCAUCUGUCUGCCUGAGUCCCCCCACCUCGUGUUUACAGUAUCCAGAUAUCAAACAUUAUCACCUUCCUUCCUUCUCUUUACUUGAUCCUUUCCCAUUUUUGUAUUUUUUGCCUUUUUCUUCUUUACUCUUUAACUUCAAAGAAUUGGUCUAUUUUUCUAUUUUCUUUCCCUGUGUGACCUGGUGGGUCUUACUGAUCAUUUUCUGGACUGUUGCCUAGAGGUCAAAGCUAUCUUUGCUGUUUUUUGGAUCGGUAGUAUACCAGUUUUUGUUUUCCUUUGUGGAUGUAGUUUUAACUGCGAGUAUAUAUGACGUAUGCAUCCAUAUGGAUUUUCAGGUUACCAGGAGCAGAUGGGUUUGUUUUGAAUGCCUGUAUUUUAAUAGUUUUAUUUUUUUAGCAGAUAUUAAGUUGUGACCAGAUGUUAUUGUCAUCCAAUUAAAGCAGAUACACACUGAACAUAGAGCACAGCUGCCAGCUGCUCUCCUGCAUGUUACGUCAAUAAGAACAAAAGCUUAUGAUUGUACCAACCAUCUGAUGUUCAUCUGAUGAUCAAACACUAAUCUGAUCGACAGUGUUUGAUCGACACUAUAGCUAGCUUGCAGUAUUGCAGAUCUCCACAGUGGUGCUUUCUGCACAGUGUUUUUGUUUUGUUUUAGUUUUUUUUUAAUUGGCUUGAGUGAUGUGGAUUUUCAGCUUUUACUCCUGACCGCUAGGAGAUGCCGUGGUCGCUGUGUUAUUGUUUUCUUUCCUGAUAUAAUGUACUGUAUGUAAAGGUGACACUGAUAGUGGCUGUAAUCCUUUUCAUUGCAAAUAGAUCAAGUGUGCUUGUUCUGUUAAGAAGUAACCUAUCUCUAGAGCGAUGUAUUAUAGUCACCCCCAUUUGACAUAAGGUACCGACUAUCAAUGUGUAUAUCAAAAGAACAUCAUUAUCUUGUAAAUGUACGAGAGGCAAAAAAGAUACAUGUGAUAUUUAUUUUUGUGUUUUUGCAAAAUAUUGCACACAGUCACAUCAAGGCCCACGGAAAUCACAUUUCAUUGACAGAUAAUUGCAUGGGCUUCUGCUUUUCAAAAUCAUUCCUUUAGUACUGGGACAGUAACAAAACGAAUCAUGUAGAACACGUGUAAAAGCAGUAAAACACGAACAGUAGUGUUUAACUUGCAUGAAGGCAUCAACAAUGCCUGUAAGAUACCAUAGUAUUCAUUAUACAAAGAUAAAUCCGUUCAGCUCAGAUCUUCUACGUACAGUUCCUUGAUGUUCUUUGUUCUGAAAGCCAGUUGAUGUGUUUUUUGCCUUGUAAGCCUGUGUGUGUAUGUGUAUGUGUAUGUGUGUGUGUGUGUGUGUGAUCAAAAUGGACUGUGCAGCACCCUCCUUCAUCGUCUCCUUUGAAUCGUCCUUAAAGACAGCAGUUGUGCCCCGUCUAUGGAGAAGCUGGCCCAGCAACACAAGGCAGACCCGUUCUGCUUUAAAAUCAGGGUGUGACUGUGGAGUUCUGAAUCAAAAUCUGGACCUCGAAACUCAAGAUGGAAAUGUAAAGAUGAACUUUGGAACUGGACUGUGGAGCUGCUUUCUGCAGAACUGAUUGCACAGUGUGAUGGACAAGCAGAAGUAUGACACUAUGGGGUCACUGAGGACUGCGCCAUGUUGUACCCUAUAUUUUCCUUUAAAAAAAUUGACCUUCUUUUUUCAGUCAUGCCUUAAAUGACCUGAGGGGCCAUUUCACUCCGAAACAUUGUGUCAGAUAAGGACUGAGCAUUACAGUACUCAGAACAUCUUGUGUUUACCAUGUUCAAAAAUCUCCAUUGUAUACACUGUACAUCUCAGAUUUUUGUUCAGUUUCUCCUUUUAUUUUUAGCGAUGUCCUGUGUGAUUGCAGUGACCACAAUAUUAUCACUUGGCCAACAUCUUUUGCUCUUACGCAACUAAUAAAGUGGACAUCAGUGAUUCA